AAUUGUGAAAGUUGAGCCACCAACUGGUUGGAUAGAUGGUUUUAGUUUGGUAUCGUAAAUCAGCUUGGGAUAUGGAAUUGAGGUGUUUUUUCAGUUUGGUUUGGACAGGUCAACUCAUUGUCUCGAGAGACAAUGUUACAUCAAAUUAUUUUCAAAUAAUAGCCUUGCUUAUCCGAUUAAAAUUAAGACAAAUCAAACUAGGAAUCAAGACAUAAAAUUAUUAACUGUUAAUUAGUUUAAUUAAAUUCUAAUCACAAGUAACACGAUAUAGUAGGUUAUAAUUAAAUUAAUUUAACCCAAUGGCAAAAAUCCACCAAAGUUUACACAAGUGGUGAGAAGGGAGUUGGGGAGUGAUUGUCAACAAUCCAUUUAUUAAAGUUUCAAAGCCGAAAGGAUCGCCGCUCAUCAGUCUUAAAAUGUGCUAAGCACUUUGACUUUUACACUCAAUACAUUUCCAUAAAUUCAACUUUUCAUACCAAAUCUCAUACUUUCACCAUUUCCAGAUGCCUUCUUUCUUCGUGUGAAAAUAAGCUACCCAAAAUUUCAUCUUUUUCUUUCUUUCAUUCUCUCAUCUUUGUUUGUGAAACAUCAAAUAUCAUGUCGUCCAUCUUGAGCAAAUCCAACACCAUGCCCACUCCCUCUUUCCAUGAAUUGAAGAAACAAGCUUCUUUCUUUUUCAAGGAGAAAAUCAAGACUGCUAGAUUAGCCCUCACAGAUGUUACCUCUGCCGAACUGUUGACUGAAGAAGCCAUCAGUGGGAACCCUGAUGCAAGAUCUUUGAGUUCAAUAUCAAAGGCAGCUUUUGAGGUUGAUGACUACUGGAGAAUUGUAGCUAUUCUCCAUAAAAGAUUGCUGAAAUUUGAAAAGAAGAAUUGGAGACUUUCCUACAAUUCUCUCAUCAUUCUCGAACAUCUCUUAACUCGUGGACCAGAGAGUGUAGCAGAAGAGUUUCAAACUGACAAAGAUGUCAUUAACCAAAUGGGAUCCUUCCAAUAUGUUGAUGAAAAGGGGUUCAAUUGGGGGAUAUCAGUGAGGAAGAGAUCAGAGAGGAUAUUGAAUCUCCUUGACAAAGGGCCUGUUCUCAAAGAAGAGAGGGAGAAGGCAAGAAAGUUGACGAGAGAAAUUCUAGGAUUUGGAAGCUUCUCCUUGAGAACAAAGUGUCAAGAAAUUGUGGAAGAAUCUUCUUCUUCACCCAUUGGAAGAUAUGGAAAAUGCAAUUCAAACUUUAAUUGUCUUGAGAAUCUUGACCAAGAAGAACAUUUCGUUUUGUUAGAACAAAAGGAAGUGAUUUCAGUUAAUGAUUAUCAUCAUCCUUUCAUCAGCAACGAAUCGAAGUCGAAUGCUUCAUUGCUGUUAGGAUAAUGACAGAGGAAUUUGGAAUUGUUUCUUUUGAGGUCCAUUCAUGAUUCAGUAUCAUAUUUACAUCUGCUUGAAUAGCACAUAAAAAGAAAAUAAACAUUGCUACCAAUGAAAGGAAACGGGUUUUUUAUUUUUAUGUUUUAUUUAAUGAUGAAGAGUAUGAAAAUUAGCAGUUGUUGGUUUUGUUUGGCUUGCAGAAUUCAAAAUGAAAAGGCUAAAAGUUUAGCAUCUAUCUGUAUAAAGAUUAGUACUCAGUGAGAAACUUUCAUAUUUUGUUGAAA